AAGUGAAGAACUAUUCUGAGAUAAGCGUACGAUUCGGACCGGCUUUGCUACGAAUCGAUAAAUCUAGGGCCUGAAAAAUUCUAUCCGCCACCACUGACAAUGUGCCGUCAAUUAACUAAUUAAUGGCCAAGGGAUAUGUUCCAGCUGCUUGACAAGGAUUUUUAACAACACGCAUGAUUGGGUCAUCCAGGCACAAGGACAUCAGUACAGACCGAAUCACCAGACGACGUGAAUCAGCCAUCAGUUAUAAGCAGCCAACUCGACCUUUUAUCAGAACGCCUGAUGAACGUAGGUACGGGUAAGAGAGCACCAACAAGGAGAGUCAACCAACAUAUGAUGUCGGAGGACUCUGACGAAGAAAGCGAUACGGGGCACUCCCCAGUAUCAAACUCUCCACCGCCUCAGUCUUCCUGCUCCCAAGCUGUUGUAUCCAGGCCAUUAUGCAGCGGACUGGUCAACGCUCGAGUAGACUUGGAAAUGAAGAGUUUAUGGGAAGAAUUUCACGGGCUCGGCACAGAGAUGAUAGUGACGAAGGCGGGAAGGCGCAUGUUUCCAACAUUCCAAGUGCGCCUUCAAGGUUUAGACCCUUCGUCAAAGUACAUUCUAAUGAUGGACUUGAUACCAGUGGACGAUAAACGUUAUCGGUACGCGUUUCACAGUUCCAAGUGGCUGGUGGCAGGCAAAGCAGACGCCAGUGUACCCGGAAGAGUACACAUUCACCCUGACUCACCCUGUACUGGACAGCAAUGGAUGAAACAGAUCGUCUCUUUUGACAAACUUAAACUCACCAACAACCUCAUGGAUGACAACGGCCAUAUCAUCCUUAACUCAAUGCACAAGUACCAGCCCAGAUUUCACGUGAUUCUUGACGAAUCAGAGAGGGGAAAUUCCAGGACAAGUCUCCACGAAACCAACAAGGACCAUCUCCGAACGUUUAUUUUCCCUGAGACACAGUUCAUGGCCGUCACAGCUUAUCAGAAUCACAUGAUAACACAGCUGAAGAUAGCCAGCAAUCCAUUUGCCAAAGGAUUCCGAGAUUGUGACCCCGAUGACUGUGUUAUGGAAGUCAUGAAACAACUUGACCAGGGAGAAAUCUCUGCGACAGCUCGUGCCAGGUUACAUGGAGACAUGGUAACUCAAAGAAAUGAACCUCAAGUACCUCGGCCUCAGGCUCCCCGACCAAUGCCUCCUGUUACCGCAGUAAAUCCAGUCUUUACCUAUCCAGGUCCGUAUGAAAAUAGAGGAACUCCGCUGACGCACAUACCCAGAAAUCUCCCCAACUCUUCGCCACCCGGUGGAUAUCUACCUAUGAUGCCGCAAAUGAUGGGCCACGUGGGCCCUAACCCGAUGUCGCCGACAUCUCCGUCGAGCCCUGGAUAUGGCCAGCGCACAUACCAAUCGUUACGCAUGCAUAGGACAUUGCCAUAUCCCACAAGGCAAAGCAGGUCGUCUUCAAGUGACGAAAGUUGCCCAUAGAAACUCACCCAAAGUUUUAUGCAUUGAAUUAAAGCCGGACCUCACGAAAACAACUUGCAGUAAUAAUGAUACUUUCUCAAGCGAAUGUAAAAGGCUGAAAGGUGAUGCUUGUACAUAAACAAACACAAUUUGAAAUAUACUGCAUAUUGCUUCUAUUUUCA